AUGGCGUUGCCACGAGCGGCCAUCUGGUUUGUUUCGGGAACCAAAAAGUCGCCACGGGCCACUGUCUACAUCCAGUGCAACGUUAAACCGGGAGCCAGCAAGAACCGCGAGGGUGUCACGGCGGUAGGCGACGAUGCCGUCGACAUCCGCGUCGCCGCGCAGGCCCGCGAAGGCGAGGCGAACAAGGCCGUGGUCAAGGUCCUCAGUGAGGCUCUGAAUGUUCCCAAGUCGGACCUGCAGAUCACCCAAGGGCUCAAGUCUCGAAACAAAACCAUUGCCCUGGUAGCGUCUUGGGCCAAUGCUGGUGGGGAGGAAUGCUUGAAGCAGGUCCGGUCCUACUUAGACAAGGCUGCCACCCAUGAUGCUUGA